CAUUCCACCGCCACCGCCAUGAAGCCCGUCGUAAGCGCGUUUCAAGCAUGGUCUUGUACCGUCAUCUCCGUCUUCGCGAUUUUCAUCCUCGGCGUCCUCGGUAUUCUCUUUAACGCGAACCACCACGAACUCGUAGGGGGUGUGGAGGACCCGGAGAACGGGCCCGCGGUGGCGGGAACCAUCUUCACUGCCGUCAUUGUCUACGCCGCCUUUUUUGUGUUCUGUGGCCUUCAAGGGCUACUUCAUCUGCGGGAAAGCCGACGAGGGGCGAUUGCUCUAUAAACGGACGAACAGACGACAACUGUGAUCGGUUUUUCAACUCCUCCCGCGUGUUGCGCCGACGCACCGAUGUCUCCUUCUCCGGACCAACAGGGUUGAGCGACGCAGGGACCGGCGUCGCAGACGGAACGGAUUAAUACGGAUGGCAAGGACGUGACAGUUAUGGCUGUAGACCGGAGGGGCGGUGCGCAGAGACAGAGGACUUGACAACU